AUGAACAAUCUUCGUCGUCAAAGAAAGCCAACGGUCGGUGACCUGUUUUGUGGUGCUGGUGGUUUAUCAUUAGGAGCUGCGUAUGCAGGAUUUAAUGUGAAAUGGGCGGUUGAUAAAGAUUUGGACUCGACUGUAACAUUCCAUCGUAAUCAUCCAAACACCAUAUGUUAUAAUAUGGAUGUUUCAGAAUUUAUUUUCGACAAUAUGGAACUUCCAAGACAUAGUGUUGACGUAUUACUUGCUGCACCACCAUGCCAAGGAUUUUCCUUUGCAAACACCAGAGGUAAUUCAAUUGACAUGGGCGAAUUGAAUAUCUUAACAUUGAAUGUGCCUGAAGCAAUUGUGAAAUUACGUCCAAAAGUUUUGGUAUUCGAGAAUGUUAAGGGUUUUUAUUACCGAGGAGGAGAAAGUGAUACAAUGCUUAAAUUAUUUUUAAAUAGUUUAAGAGACGUUGGAUAUAAAUAUGAUUCAAGAAUAUUAAUGUCAGCAACUUAUGGUGUUCCCCAGAAACGGGAACGAUUUAUUUUGUAUGCAGUACCUGAUGACAAACAGUUACCUCAGUGGCCUAAAGAGACACAUUUUAUUGUGGAGGAAACACCAAUUGAAUAUCGUGAUUUAUACACACUGGGCGGCAUAAUACCAACACCAACUGUUGACGAGGCAUUCAGAGGCUUAACCGCAACGAUCCCAAACAUGAAUUAUCAUCGUUCAAAUCCGGGACAUCUUAAAAGAUUGAGAAACGACCGUGUUUCUAAUACAGUGUUGUGUUCAAUUGGAUCAGGAUGGAAUAACAUUCAUCCAACCGAAUAUCGAUACAUCAGUGUACGAGAACAAGCAAGAUUGCAAACAUUUCCUGAUGAUUUUAUUUUCUACGGAACAUUGCUUGGAAAUGCGGUGCCUCCUUUGCUUUCUAAAGUUAUUAUGCAAGAAGUAAAAAAGAUUUUAUAA